AGGAGCCUGAGAGCCAACUGACUCACUCGAGAUCCGGUUGGAGUCACUUGUUGCUGGGAUAAGAGACACGUAAUUUAAAGGAAGAGAGAUUUAUUUUGGCCCACGUUUUCAGAAACUUCAGUCCUUGUGUGGUUGGCCAGCUCCAAGGCAGGAACAGGAUGGCAGAAGAGCACAGGAAAGGUAGAUUUGAAUGGACCUGAAGAGUCGUUGAGCAAUUAUCUAGUGAUUACCUUCCUUGGGGAGUCCAGAGAGAAUUGCUGGAAGAAAAUUGGUGUAAGAUACAGCGUUACAACGACGGCAUAAUCGCUGCAUAAUCCCAGCACUCAGAGCUCGGUGUUCACGUCUGGCUCUCCAACGAAGGAAACCAAAGGGAAGAAUGUCCGUGAUAUGUCCAAGCCCUGCGUGGAGCCAGGAGAGAGGCACGUGGCCAGGCAGGCUGUGUUCUGUGAGUGCAAUCUUCUGGGGUCCCAAAGAUGCCAUGACAGACCUGUACACAUUGAGAGUAUCCCCAGCCAAGACUGUCAGAUGCUGCCAGAGAGCAAGUGGGGAAGCAUGGACAGAUGGGGUUGGCCGGAGCCCAGGAAGGCGUGGCGGAGGCACCAAGGAGCUGUGGGACCAUCGUGGAGGCUGGUCUAAGGUAGAGCCUCAUUGCCUCCCCUUGAAUGUGGGUUUACUUCUCAAGAACGGAGUAUGGCAGAGGAAAUAUGUGACUUCCAAGUUCUGCCUAUGAAAGACGUUGCGGCUUCCACUGUGUGGAAUCAUUUUCUACGGGGGAGGACAGCUGCCAUAUUUGCAAAGCCCAAGAAACUCUACAGAGAAGAACUGAGGGUCGGGAAGAGCACCUCACGUCGCAGAUGAACAGGCAGUCGACUUGCCAGCCAGCCAUGCCUUAAGGUGAUGGUGAUGGUACCUGCCCGACAGUUCACUGCCGCCUCAUGGGAGAAUGGAGCCAGACCCACCUCGAUAUCUGACAGUUCCAGUCCACUUGCUGAAAUGACUACUCUUUACGCACUGAAUUAGCUUUUCACUUUUGUCAAAAAUCAAGUUACCGGCAAGAGUACAUCUAGACUGGCAGAGUAAGGAGCUCCGAAGAUCUGCUGCAACAUCGUAACAAUGAGAAUACUGGAUAGAAGAGGACUGGAUCUGUUUCUGAGUCACCAUGGAAUGUGGCCUAACCAAAACUCAGUGAAACCCAAAGCUUUUGUUGAGAUCCCUCUCGACCCCCAGGAUGUUUCCCACAGUUAACAGAGGAGUUGACAUAAAACCUUGAAUUGUCCCAGAGCCGGAGGAAGAUGGGAGAUACCCAGCAAAGCAGGUUCCCUUCAGUGCCCGGGGCAAGGAAUCAGAGAGGCAGAAGAGGCUGUCACUUGGUCUCAAAUCAUGGAUCUUCCCCGGCAUCGGAAGCAGACUCGGCUCACUACAAAGAGAAGGUGCUCACUAAAAGGAGCCCAGGCAGUGCCAAGUGUCAGAGCGCCAGGCAACAAGGUCCGGAGCGUGGCUUGCACAGUGGCCGAACCUCCACUGCCCAGCAGACCUGAUGCUGCUGUCGCCACCCUGAGGCAGCUAUGGUGACAGGCCCUGAGUAUAGAAGAAAUACGUCUCGAAUUGUGACACUUUACACUCCCAGCUGUGCCCAGCGGCCCAUGGCUCCUCCUUCCAAGUGACAUACUGAUUGUGUCGCUUCCGCCGAGGUUUCGGAAGAGUGAAGAGCAGCGCCAGUAGCUUUCUUCCCCUUCCUUAGUAAAUCUGAUGCACCAGGAAUUGUACUUGGCGGAGCCCUGAGAGACCAGCGGCCGUCCACGUUCUCCAGGCCAAACAUAAACAGAAUUUCAGUCGGAGGCAGCAAGACUCACCAAAAUGAAACCAGGAGGCUUCUGGCUGCAUCUCACACUGCUCGGGGUCUCCCUGCCUGCUGCGCUGGGAUGGACAGAUCCUGGAACCAGCAGAGGCCUGGACGUCAGUGGGGGGGAGUCGCAGGCGGAGGGAUCCAGAAGCUUUGAAGUCACGAGAAGAGAAGGACUUCCUGGCCAUGGGCCGCUGGCCUCCUGCAGGAAGAAACUAUGCGGCCGCGGGAGCCGGUGUGUGCUCAGCAGUGAGACCGGGGAGCCCUCCUGCCAGUGCCUGGAGGCGUGCAAGCCCCGCUACCUGCCCGUGUGUGGCUCUGAUGGGCAGCUCUACGAGAACCACUGUGAGCUCCACCGGACCGCCUGCCUGCUGGGAAAGGAGGUUGCCGUCAUGAACAGCAAGGAAUGUUUCCUCAAAGGUAACAGGUGCACCAUGGCCGGCUAUGCCCGCCUCAAGAGCGUCCUUCUGGCACUGCAGACCCACAGGCAGCCACUCCUAGCGGGUUACCGCAGUCCAGACCCUGCCUCCCAGAAGCGCCUGCUGGUGGAGUCUCUGUUUAAGGACUUGGACGCGGAUGGAAAUGGGCACCUCAGCAGAUCUGAGCUGGCUCAGCACGUGCUGAAGGAGCAGGACCUGGAUGGGGACCUGCAGGGAUGCUCGCCAGGUGACCUCCUCCGAUUUGACGACUACAACAGUGACAGCUCCCUGACUCUACGCGAGUUCUACACAGCUUUCCAGGUGGUUCAGCUCAGCCUCGCCCCCGGGGACAGGGUCAGCAUGACCACCGUGACUGUGGGACUGAGCACGGUGCUGACCUGUGCCAUCCGAGGAGACCUGAGGCCACCCAUCAUCUGGAAGCGCAACGGGCUAACCCUGAACUUCCUGGACCUGGAAGACAUCAAUGACUUCGGGGAGGAGGACUCCCUGUACAUCACCAAGGUGACCACCAUCCACAUGGGCAACUACACCUGCCACGCCGCAGGCCACGAGCAGCUGUUCCAGACCCACAUCCUGCAGGUGAAUGUGCCACCAGUCAUCCGCGUCUAUCCAGAAACCCAGGCACAGGAGCCCGGGGUGGCGGCCAGCCUGCGAUGCCACGCAGAGGGCAUUCCCAUGCCCAGAAUCACUUGGCUGAAAAACGGCAUGGAUGUCUCGGCCCAGAUGUCCAAACAGCUGUCCCUCUUGGCCAAUGGGAGCGAGCUCCACAUUGACAGUGUUCGGUAUGAAGACACAGGCGCGUACACCUGCAUCGCCAAGAAUGAAGUGGGCGUGGACGAAGACAUCUCCUCCCUCUUCAUUGAGGACUCGGCCAGGAAGACCCUGGCAAACAUUCUUUGGCGAGAGGAAGGCCUCAGUGUGGGAAACAUGUUCUACGUCUUCUCCGAUGACGGCAUUGUGGUCGUCCACCCUGUGCACUGUGAGAUCCAGAGGCACCUCAAACCCACAGAGAAGAUCUUCACCAGCUACGAAGAAAUCUGUCCCCAAGAAGGAGAUGCCACCCAGCGGUGCCAGUGGGCGUCUGCAGUCAACGUCAGGAACCGGUACAUCUACGUGGCCCAGCCGGCGCUAAGCAGAAUCCUUGUGGUCGAUGUUCAAGCCCAGGAAGUCCUACAGUCCAUAGGUGUGGACCCUCUGCCAGCCAAGCUGUCCUAUGACAAGUCGCAUGACCAGGUGUGGGUCCUGAGCUGGGGGGAGGUGCACAGGUCCCAGCCAAGCCUGCAGGUGAUCACAGAAGCCAGCACUGGCCAGGGCCAGCACCUCAUCCGAACGCCUUUUUCAGGAGUGGAUGAUUUCUUCAUUCCUCCAACAAACCUCGUCAUCAACCACAUCAGGUUUGGCUUCCUCUUCAACAAGUCCGAGCCUGCAGUGCACAAAGUCGACCUGGAGACACUGAUGCCGCUCAAGACCAUCGGCCUGGGGCACCACGGCUGUGUGCCGGCGGCCAUGGCGCACACCCACCUGGGCGGCUACAUCUUCAUCCAGUGCCGACAGGACACCCGCGCCCCCGCCACCCCGCAGCUGCUCGUCGACAGCGUGACAGACUCCGUGCUGGGGCCCAAUGGUGAGGUGACGGGCACCCCCCACGUGUCCCCCGACGGGCGCUUCAUCGUCAGUGCUGCCACCGACAGCCCCCGGCUAUACGUGCAGGAGGUCACGGUGCGGGGGGAGAUCCAGACCCUCUACGACCUGCAGAUAGGCGCGGGCCUCUCGGACCUGGCCUUCCAGCGCUCCUUCACCGAGGGCGGGCAGUACGACGUCUAUGCCACCCUGGCGACGGCGCCCGGCCUGCUCUUCCUGCAGCUGUCCACUGGGAAGAUGGGCAUGCUGAACAACUUGAAGGCGCCACGCAAGACGGGGCCCGCCUGGCCCUGGGGGUCACCCCGCAGGGUCCUGAGGGACAGCGGGCUGUUCGGACAGUACCUGCUCACACCAGGGCCGGAGUCUCUGUUCCUGAUCAAUGGGAGAAGGAGCGCACUGCGGUGCGAGGUGGCGGGCGUGAGGCAGGCGGCCGCUGUGGUGUGGGUGGGCGAGGUAUGAGGGAGCCCGGGCGGCUGCACUGGGCAGUCCUGACGCCGCAGCCCCCAAAAGGCACGCUAUACAUUUCACAGACAAAAGCAAACACCCGUAUCCGCUUUGUGGUUCAACACUGGUCUUGCAAGUUUCCUAGUAUAAGGUAUGCUCCACUCCAUUAGGAAGUAUGAUUUUCGCCUUGAGCUACAAUGAGAACACUGCUGCUGUGUAAGGGAAUCGCUGCUAUGCCGGGCUGCACGCCAAGUCACCUGGGAACGCCACGGCCCCCAGAGAUCCUGUGCUCCAGGCUGACACCUCUGUCACUGUCCUGUCCCGCAGACCCUGAAGCAGCCGCCCAAAGCAGGGCUGGGUGGGGAGGAGCAGGACCCUCCCUCGCGGUGGUCAGGGCCAUCUGCCCUGGCUCCCUUAGGACCCUGCUUCCUCUUUCUCCGCUGCUACUUGCUCUCCUUCCCACCUGACUCGUAGGCCUGAGGGAGAGCCAUUGCCUGAGGGAGAGCCAUUGCAACUGACUGCACCUUGGGGGACGGGAAAUCACUCGCUUUAUUUUGGAAAUUUUUGAUUGAAAAAUAAUUUUUUAUAAUCUGAAAUGCUAGUAAGCAGAAAGACGCUCUUCGCAGUUCAGCUGUGUUCUUUCCUGCCUUAGGCCAUGACUCUGAGGGUCACAGCCGCACAUUCCACAGCCAGAGAGAAGAAAGCUUAUUAGCCACAGCAGCCUGCUCCGCCAUUGCCUCCCCUGACUCCCAGAAUGCAGAUCUGGCCACCUUACCGGUAAAGAUGCUGUCCUGCGCAGGGACCCCAAGAGACCAGGACAAGCCCUGCGCGCUGCUCCUCACCAUGAAAAGGGGACAUUUCAGUGGUCAGGCCCCAGAUUCAGGGUGGUCUGGAGCCACCUGACCAGGUGCAGGUGGCCUCUGAGCUCAGUGCAGAGGCCCCAAGGACAGGAGCCCUCCAGGCUCGGGAAGCCGCACCUUUUAAAGCUGGAUUUCUUUUCUCCCUGCAGCCCAGGCGCUUGGCUCUGAUGCCCCAGCCCUACACAGCGCUGCACAUGCUUUCUGGCUUGAUCCCUCUGUAAGCCUCUCCGGGCUGGCAGAGGUGGUCCUGACUCAGACGCCUCAGCUAAUUUAGCCUCCUUCACCUGCCAAUGUAUCACUUUCCAUACACCCAGCCCCUUCUCCGCUCCUCCUGCCCCACCCCAGUUUCCACAAGGGCCGAACCUCUCCUGUGUCUCCUGUCUGCUGGGCCACCAAGCCCCUGUCCCAUAGGACUCCCACGAGUGUGCCUACAUGUGUGUUCACACUGUUUUUUUUUUUUUUUUAAGGUAAGACAUGCAGAUAUAGACUGGUAAUACUCCAAAGCUGGGGGUGAAGGAUAACAUAUCUUGCCUUUUUUUUCCAGCCUCAAUAUCUUGAUAUAUUAAUUCCCAAACUCCUGUGUUUAUCACUGAAAUCCUCCAGCGUUCAUGAACUUCUCCUUUGGGUGAAACGGCAUCAGCCCCUGAUAGAAGACAUGCCUGUGGGCCUCAAGGAGGAACAAGAGCCCUCCCCACAACUAUGAGGCCAGAACAUCAGCCCCUGGGGGUCACAGGAUUCAGGAAAAGACCAAUCAAUCCAGACUGGCCUUUUAGCCAGGGAGUGCCAGCAUCGACUUGCAGACCAGCUGCUCCUUUGCCAGUGUUCCUUCCGCCUGAGUGCACCUGGGAACCAUGCCUUCUGGUCACUGUCCUCACGGUAAAGAUCUGAGACAUGGUGGCCAGCACAGGUCUCCGGGCAGCAGGGAGGACAAAACUGAGUCAGAGCAGGAAAUCGCAGGCCUAAAGCCUGGCUCAGAGCUGCAGGGACUCAUUCCCUGGAUGCAGAAUCACAAAAGCAGGAGGACAAAUUUUUAUAGCACUGAAAACAACAGAUCUGCUGUGGUUGGAGUUGGGGACAGUCAGCCAGAGCUUGCCUACCCUUCCUCCCACACUUCAGUCCCGGAGGAAGCUCUAACACGCAGUCUGAAAGCCAGCAAGGGAGCUGACGACACCACAGAUGGGCCUCGUCCAGCAAACCGGCAAGUGGUCAUGCUGAUGAACGCAAAGAUCAGCAACUGACAGUUUGCAUUAUUAAAGAAAGGCCGAUUUACCAAAAGAAUCACCAAAAAGCUACUUACAUAAACGUAAUCAGUAAUUAUAAAGGAGAAUGGAUUUCACAAAAAUCAACAGUUCGUUUUUACCAGAAAAAUAAACACAAAUAGCGUGGACCCAAGGCAAUAUGGAGGCUUUGAAAUGGAGGUUCCUGUUCUCUUUCUGGCCGAACAGACAGGACUCUGCAUGAAGGUUCUGGAUCCCAAAGCUCCUCCAGCCAACCCCAAAUGGACGACGGCAUGACCAGAGGCUUUCGGCUUCUGGCCAACACAAAGAAGCUCCUGCAGAAGCAGGCCUGAGGGCAGGCCACACCUGCCACGGCGAAGGCCACUGUCAGCCUCCAUGAAACUGACCUAGCUCUGCUUGAGCUGGCCCACACUGAUCUGUUCCGUCUCCAAACUACUCGCGUGUCCUGCUACCUUGCCCAAUCCACAGGAGGAAGUCUGAAGAGCCUUCCGAAGUCUUGGCAGGGGCCAACUACUCAGAGCAGCCCCGGUCCACUGACCCACAGCAGCACCACCGGAGACAGAGCUCAGUCCCCGCACUUCCCACCCCACCCAUCGCCCCAUCUCCCUGCUCAUGUGUGCCAAAACAAGGGCUCCCAGCUCCAGGGAGACGCCCUGGAGAGCAGCAUGCAACCCCAAAUAAAGCCGAGAACAGCCUGCUAUCAAGAAGCGUCAUAACUGCUGAGUCUCCACUUAGGAAAGCAGCCAGAAAUUGGCUUUGUAGGGCCACACCUUGUUUUCUAUUGACCAAUAACCUGUGAACUAAGGGAGAUUUCAGAACUGAGAUGUGAAAAAGAUUCAUUCUGGAUAUAUUUUUCUACAAGGGGGCUUAGAAGUAUAGUAAAUUCAUUUUUCAUAAUGUGUUUCAUUCAAAUACCAUGGACACUGGACCAUCUUCACUAGGAAAACCCAACUCUCCAACCCUCCCCCUCUUCAGAAACAAGCCUCCAGAGGGGCUGACGGCUCCUCCUCCCUCCUAUGCAUCCACCAAUCUACCUCACAUUCUCCCCCAGCACCGAACACCACCUGAAUAUGUGGCCCUCGGGCCGGGAGGCCACACAGGCGAUGUCACAUGACUGCAGUGCUGACCAGGAAGUCCCCUGCCCAACUCCCCCACCCAGCACCGCUGACUCCACUCCAAGUGCAAUCAGAACCUGUCAGAACGCAGCCCCUUGCUGUCCACAAGCACACCCCAGAGCCAGGCACGUAGUCUGUGGAGUUAGGAGAUCAGGAGUAGAGAAAGCUCACUCGGAACCACCAGGGGAGUCAGUACUGUCCAGCAAGAAGAGACCCAGCUGUCUCGGUGGAGCCUCAGUGGAGCCUCCCUGGCCUCCCUCCACUCCCAUCCUUUCUCUCCCUUUCCUGUGCCCCGCCUGUGUCUCGGCCCUCUGCUCAUGAGCCACUCCACCACAGCUGCCACCCUCCAGGAGCAGCGACCUUCCCACCGCACACCCCAGGCGGCCUCCACCCAGAGGGCUUUCUUGCUGUGGAUUCAAGCAAGGAGUCACUCAAAGGCCAGAUGCUAUGAUCUGCUCUGAGACUGGCGUGUAGGCACAGCAGUUUUGUUCAAGAAAGUUAAUAACUGCCUUGUUUUCUCUCCAAAUCACAGGGACCAUAAAACAGAGAAGCUUAAAAAUUUAAAGGGGAAAAAAAUACAAUGCCUAUCCUCAGGGUGUGACUACAAGACUUAAGACUCGGAGUAGCUGGUGGACCACAAGCCUUCUUCCUGCUUUUGUCCACACCAGCUCACCUGCCAAGUCACUGGAGGAUUUGAACAUCUUAUCCCGGCCUGCAGGCUUUGGGCAUGAGCCACCCAGCAGAUACUCAGAGCUGAGCAAGCAUUGUCUUAGGCCUCUGUGUCCUCCUUCUGGCCAUGGGCAGCCAGCAGGGAGGCCUAAUCUAAUCAGAUAAGGAGUGUGGAAAUAUGGGAAAUUCAGGGGAGUGGGGAUUAACUUCCAAAAUCCACAGCGAGGCUUCCUGGGCCAGCACCAGAGUGUGUAGCCUGGUUUUCUGUUUUGUCUUGUUUUGUUCUGUUUUUCACACAAAGUCACAGUUCACACACCCUAUUGAAACUCACCCGGAUGGAUAUGGGACCAUCCUUUUUCCAUAUGGCCCCAGAGAACUGGCCCCUGCCUUAGAGGGCUCUGGAGCAUUCAGCCCUCGCUCCACAAGGCAGUCUCUGUGGUUUGGCCCCCAUCCCAAGCCCGAUAGUCUCUUGCUACUUCUGAGGGGCAAGGGAAGCAGGCCUAUAGGCCGGCCACCCACCCACCCACCCAGGCCUGCUGCCCCUAGCCCCCACCACUCCCUUGUUGCCUGGCUCCCAAGGCUGGCCAGCCCUCUCCCUUCCUCCCCUGACCCCAUUGCUUCCUACCUUUCUGCUGCUGCUUGUGCUUUCUGAAGGUCAUGUGAAAUGACCUCAAAGCAGAACUGGGCAUGGAGUUUUGCUGAAGCGGUCGCGCACACUGACUCAUGCUGUUGUGUUAUCAAAUGGCCCUCAAGACAUGAAGCCACAUCCCCCCGUUAAGAUUCUCACCCCUCCCGACCUCAGAAAACUUUCAGAUCUCUCAUCUGUCAAGCCUCUGUCAAGGCAGGUUGCAUUAUUUUGAGCAGUUGUGUAAACUCCGAAAUAUAUUUUCUGUAAUCACCAGUAUUUCUCAAAAGGUCUCCUGUAAUUAUACAUGUGAAUUUUUCCUUAUUUAUAAAAUAUAUAUAAAUUAUUUUUAAUACAUCAACUUUAGUAGAAAUUUGUACCAACACAGUAACAGUAUGUGGCAUAUGAAAUAAGUUUGUGUUUACUUUGAUGUAUGACACGGUAUUGAACACAUGAUGUAUUUGCAGUACCACUUGAUUUUUUAAAAAAUGACUCACGGAUUAUCAUA